AUGACUUCCAAAGACAUCGGUCUUUCUGGGUUCUGGGUGACCCCAACGCAUGGCGCCACCGUAUUGGAAAUUACCGGCAAGAAAAGCAUCGUUUCCGGGGCCCCAACACUCAGUGAUAUCACCAUAUUUGAAGAUGUCGACGUGGAUAUCACGGUAGAGGGGAAGGAGGAGCUAUUCAGUCGUGUUCUGAAUUGGCUUGAAGGCAUUGACGCCACCGACGCGGAAAACUGCAUAACGCCCUUUUCCAUAAUGUCCAAUCACAGGCACAGGGAUUCCGAGACCAACAAUUGCGGAAUCCAGCAGGGGCAGGGUCAUAGCUGUGGCGUUAGCAAAGGCAAUCUCGAUGGGGGCCUGGGCGUGACGAAGGUGGAGGCCGUCGACGAUUUCGGCGGUCUGACCUUGCCUAAGGGCCCUGGUAAUGACCUGGCAGAGAGCGGGGUCGUCCGGGAGGGGCUCGAGCAGGACGAGUGUUCAAACACGAGCGAAAACGUUGACACGACGAUGACGUCGGGGCUGGUCGAAGCGCAAGGCUGAGACAGGUAGUUCCAAAUGGCGCGCUGCAGCUUUCUGCCCGGCGUUAAUAGACACUACUACUACUGCUACUCCAA